GUGUUAGUUUGUUAAAAAUAGAAGAAAGAAAAUAUUUUUAGUACAAAGUAGAUAUAAAAAGGAAUACAGUAUAGUGGGAAAGAGUCAAGUCUACAAGUCUACAUAUCAGCGAUCCGUCAAAACAUUAGCAUCUACUAUCACGUGACUACUCGUCUGUAUUUUACUAGGUGUUAGUUCUCCGUAGCACGUCAAGAUGAUUAACAUAGCAGGUGUUGUUUCCAUAAUCCUCUUCUAUGUUCUCAUCCUCGGUGUUGGCAUUUGGGCUGGGCGGAAGAAGGAAGCCGGAAAUGACUCGGAGGAGGAAGUCAUGCUGGCCGGAAGGAACAUUGGUCUCUUUGUGGGCAUCUUCACUAUGACUGCGACCUGGGUGGGCGGAGGUUACAUCAACGGCACGGCGGAGGCCAUAUACACGUCGGGCCUCGUGUGGUGCCAGGCGCCGUUCGGAUACGCCCUCAGCCUGGUGUUCGGCGGGAUCUUCUUCGCCAACAAAAUGCGGAAGCAGGGCUACGUGACGAUGCUGGACCCGCUGCAGGACACGUUCGGCGGCCGCAUGGGAGGACUGCUGUUCCUGCCGGCGCUGUGCGGGGAGGUGUUCUGGGCGGCCGGCAUCCUCGCCGCUCUGGGAGCGACGCUUAGCGUCAUCAUCGACAUGGACCACAGGACGAGCGUCAUACUGAGCUCGUGCAUCGCCGUGUUCUACACGCUGUUCGGAGGCCUCUACAGCGUCGCCUACACUGACGUCAUACAGCUGUUCUGCAUCUUCAUCGGCCUGUGGAUGUGCAUCCCAUUCGCCAUGUACAACGAGAAGGUGGGCUCGUUGUCGCCGGAGGUGGUGGACUGGAUCGGCUCGGUGGAGAAGAAGGAGAUCGCCUACUACAUCGACUACGGACUUCUGCUGGUGUUCGGCGGCAUUCCGUGGCAGGUGUACUUCCAGCGCGUGCUGUCCAGCAAGACGGCCGGCAGGGCGCAGAUCCUGUCCUACGUGGCGGCGGUGGGCUGCAUCCUCAUGGCCAUCCCGCCGGUGCUCAUCGGCGCCAUAGCCAAGGCCACGCCGUGGAACGAGACGGACUACAAGGGCCCGUACCCGCUGACGGAGCAGGAGACCAGCAUGAUCCUGCCCAUGGUGCUGCAGUACCUCACGCCGGACUUCGUGUCCUUCUUCGGGCUGGGCGCCGUCUCCGCGGCCGUCAUGUCGUCGGCCGACUCCAGCGUGCUGUCGGCCAGCUCCAUGUUCGCGCGCAACGUCUACAAGCUCAUCUUCCGCCAGCGGGCAUCAGAGAUGGAAGUGAUUUGGGUCAUGAGAGUGUCUAUUCUCAUCGUCGGUGUCCUAUCUACAGUGAUGGCUCUCACUAUUCCAUCUAUAUAUGGGCUUUGGUCGAUGUGCUCGGACUUGGUCUACGUGAUCCUGUUCCCGCAGCUGCUCAUGGUGGUGCACUUCAAGCACCACUGCAACACGUAUGGCAGCCUGGCCGCCUACAUCGUCGCCUUCUUUGUUCGCCUGUCUGGCGGCGAGGCCCUGCUCGGCCUGCCGGCCGCCAUCCACUACCCGGGAUGGGACGGCGAGAGGCAGCUUUUCCCAUUCCGCACCAUGGCCAUGCUCAUGUCGCUCAUCACGCUCGUGUUUAUCUCCUGGCUCACCAGCUGGCUGUUCAACACGGGCAAGCUGGCGCCGGGCUACGACAUCUUCCAGUGCGUCGUGAACAUCCCCGAGGACGAGGUGCGCGUGGGCGAGCCCGCGGAGCAGCUGACGGCGAUGCAGCCGAGCGCCAUGAGGACGUACGGCGCCGCCACCUUGGUGGGCAAGGACGAGAUGAACGGCCGCGUCAACCCGGCGCUCGAGCCCGACGACGACAUCGACCUGGCCGAGGUGCAGAAGCUGCGGCGGCGCGACGUCGCCGGGGACGGCGGGGGCGGGGGCGGCGGCGGGGGCGGCGGCGGCGGGGGCGGCUCGGCGGUGCCGGACUCGGGAGGCGGCAGCGCCAAGAUCGGCAACACCGCGCUGUAA